AUGGGGCGCAACCGCCUGUGCCAGUGCGAGCCCCCCCGCGAGGUCGUCGACGCCGAGCUCGCCAAGCCCGAGGACGACCGCAAGGUCCGCAAGGACCCCGCCGGCGUCUGGCGGUGGAAGCAGUGCGGCAGGUGCGGCAGCCUGCGCAAGAAGCGAUGGAGGGAGACCAGGCACCGCGCGUUCGCCGAGCGCGACGAGUACGUGACCAGGGUGCUCGCGAACAUGAUGCGCGACGACGACGAAGAGGAGGAGGAGGAUGAGGAGGCUGAGGAUGCCGACGCGGACGGUGACGAUCCCGGGGCGGCGAACCCGGGCGACGCGAACGCGCUCGUCGCCGCGACGCGAGUGUUCGCCGGGGAGGUGCGCUCGGCGGUGCGGGAGGUGGCGGCGUCGCCGGGGGGCUCGCGCGCCGCGCUCGCGAUGCUCAGGGGGCUCGAGGAGGACCUGAAGAUGCGAUGGGGCGUCGCGCUGGGGGGGUAUCGGGGCGGGGAAGGGGAAGGGGAAGGGGAGCAAGCGUGA